AUGGUCUGCGGCUUCGGAAAAAGUCUUCCUCAACCAACAUUCACCUUUGGUCACGUGUACACUGUCUAUCCUUUUAUCUAUCAAAAUAAGGAGAGAAGCGUUGAGCUUUUUGUCUAUAUUACGGCAAAAGCAUCUUCUGGUGACUCAGGUGCGGGUUGCUUUGGUACAGAUGGAUUAAUGGCUAUGAAUCCUGGUAUGACAAGGAUGCCUUCGAAAUAUCACCAGGAAGCUAUAUCCGAAGCAGCUAUAUAUGCUCCGAAUAACUAUAUGAUUCCAGUCUAUAGAUUCCUUGAAGAAAUAGGGAAGUUGGAAUCCAGAAAACCGCCAAAACGUUUGUUGAGUAUAGGAUUUAUAUAA